CACCCACGUGGAGGGGGUUGAGACAUGUCUGCAAAGAAGAAAGCGUCGGCGUUCUGCGUGUACAAGCAGCAGAGACAGUUGCAACUUGAAGAAGAACAGGGUGUAUCUGGUAUCUCUGAUGUAAGUCUGGGUGUGGGUGGAAGUGGUGAUGAUUGUGAGAGUGAAGCGGUGAGGGAGAGAGUGGGGAACAGGGGGGAGGUGGGAGGGGACAGGAAGAGAAAGAGGAAGAACAAGCUGAAGGACCUGUCGAAGAAGAGAAGAAAGACAGCUAGUCAAAUGGAUGUGGAGAGUGCGGGAGCAAUGGAAGAGAGUAGACUGGCAGUAAAAACAAAGAAGGUGGCGAGAAAAAAGAGGGCAAUCUUGGAAAAGAUGGCAAAAAGAAGGAAGACCAUUAAAAAAACAACAGUGGGGGAUUCCCCGGUGCUAUCUGGGAAGGUGGCAGGCAAGACUGCAGCAGCAGUAGAGGAUGGGAGUAGUGAUGAAGACUCGGUCGAGGCACCUCAGCUCUCUCCUCACCAUCUUGAUGUAGAGAGCGUGGACGGGGAAGACAUGGGGGUCCAAUUCUCCCACCAGUUUCAAAACAUUGACCACCAAGACAGUCGGGAGGCUGGCAGAGAGCUGUUCAGACUUCUCAUCAAUCCUUUCCCGGUCGACAGAUUUUUCAAGGAGAUUUGGGAGCAACGUCCUUUGUUUCUCAGCAGACACAAGCCUCGCUACAACAGGGGAUGGUUCAGUAUGAUUGAACUGGAUGCUAUUCUCAGACACCAAUAUUUGGAGUACUCGGUGAACAUAGACAUUGCCAGCUAUGAGAAUGGAGAGAGGUUUACCCACAACCCAGAGGGGCAGGCAGUGCCGCAGGUCGUGUGGGACUAUUUCCAGGAGGGGUGUUCGAUUCGAUUACUCAACCCUCAAACCUUUGACUAUGGUAUGUGGCAGCUCACAUCCACACUGCAAGAGUAUUUCCAGUCUUUUGUGGGUGCCAAUGUCUACCUGACUCCAGCUGGGGCACAGGGUUUUGCACCACAUUCAGAUGACAUAGAGGCAUUUGUGAUGCAGUUGGAGGGGAAGAAGCGAUGGAAACUCUACAGCCCAAGGCAAGCAUUGUAA